CCAUACACUCCCAUUUGUCUUUAAAUCACUGUUCAACUGCUCUAGGUUGCAUAUGAGUAAACUUUUUCUUACAGGUGGAAUUCCUCAAAGAUAUAACCUGCCAAACAAGUGAGGAAAGGAACCUGCUCAGCUCAGAGAACAGAGUGUUCUGGCAGUCCCUGCAUGAUAGAGAGGACCUGCAAGCAGACGGCACAGUGCUGUUUACCCUGAAGAAGCGAGUGUGUGUGCUGGAAAGCGCUGACCGUCCUAAUGGACCGCAUGGAGCUGCAAAAAGUCAACAUCGAACCUGAUGACCAGAGCAACAGUGGGGAAAGCCUCGAAGACAACUACACAGAGCCGGCUGAUUCAGAAAAGGCUGCAAUUAGCAGUCCCUUUGCUAGUGAUGAUGUAGAAAGUCAGAAGUUCCUUACAAAUGGCUAUCUGGAUAAAAAGAAAUUGGAAGACUAUAAUGAAGAAUAUCACAGUGGUAGAACUUCCUUCGGAAUGUCCUCGUUCAACCUCAGCAAUGCCAUUAUGGGCAGCGGCAUUUUAGGUCUCUCCUAUGCCAUGGCCAACACAGGAAUUAUCCUUUUCAUAGUUUUGCUGCUCAGCGUAGCAAUAUUGUCACUCUACUCGGUCCACCUUUUACUGAAGAUAUCUAAAGAAGGAGGAUCAUUAAUAUAUGAAAAACUGGGAGCAAAAGCAUUUGGCUGGCCUGGGAAGUGUGGUGUUUUCAUUUCAGUCACAAUGCAGAAUAUUGGAGCAAUGUCAAGCUACCUCUUUAUUAUUAAAUAUGAACUUCCUGAAGUCAUCAGAGCAUUUAUGAAGCUUGAGGAGAAUUCUGGAGAAUGGUACCUUAAUGGGAACUACCUCGUCAUACUUGUAACGGUCGUGAUUAUUCUUCCCCUCUCCCUCCUCAAAAGCUUAGGUUAUCUUGGUUAUACGAGUGGGUUUUCGCUGACGUGUAUGGUUUUCUUUGUCAGUGUGGUGAUCUUCAAGAAAUCCCAAAUACCCUGUCCUCUUCCCAUCAUGGACCACGGGGUUGAAAACUGGACCGCCACCAAUAGCACAGUGCCAAUGCACCUGGUCAUGUUAUCAAAUGGGUCACUCAGCUCUGGUGUGAAUUUCAUGAUGGAUAACACAGCUGGGCACUUCCCAAGCCUUGAGGAGCCAAAAGAUACCUCCCUGAAAAGCGGUGUAGAGUAUGAAGCGCACAGCGACAAUAGUGACAAGUGCCAGCCAAAAUACUUUGUGUUCAACUCACGGACUGCCUAUGCAAUACCCAUCCUGGCAUUUGCAUUCGUAUGCCACCCUGAGGUGCUACCAAUAUACAGUGAACUCAAAGAUCGCUCCCGAAAGCGGAUGCAGAAUGUCUCAAAUAUCUCCAUCACUGGCAUGCUUAUCAUGUAUCUUCUGGCUGCCCUCUUCGGAUACCUCACCUUCUAUGGGGAAGUUGAAGAUGAGCUACUUCAUACAUACACUAAAGUGUACACCUUCGACACCCUUUUGCUGUCAGUGCGCCUGGCAGUGCUGGUGGCUGUAACCUUGACCGUGCCCCUUGUCCUUUUCCCUAUCCGUUCAUCUAUCAGUGCGUUGCUGUUUCCCAAAAGGCCGUUCAGCUGGAUAAGACAUUUCCUGAUUGCAGCAGUAAUUUUGGCUUUUAAUAAUCUGCUUGUAAUUUUUGUCCCAACUAUUAAAGACAUUUUUGGAUUUAUCGGAGCCUCUUCCGCUACAAUGUUGAUUUUCAUCCUUCCUGGUGCCUUCUACCUGCGAAUUGUUAAGAAGGAACCCCUGAGGUCUCCCCAGAAGAUUGGGGCUCUUAUUUUCCUCAUAGCUGGCAUAAUCUUCAUGAUUGUGAGUAUGACUCUUAUUGUAAUGGACUGGAUUUACAAUCCCCCAAGUUCAAGACAUCAUUAACCUGUGAAGACAACCCACUGCCUUUUAUAAUAUAAAUAUUUGUAUUGUGUGCUCUGAAGAACAUCUAAAUGGGAUUGUUAUUCCUAGCUAGUAACUGCAGUACUUUGAAGACAGUUUCUGGUAAGGCCACAAGAACCCAAUGGAGUCUACAACAUCCUUGUCAAUAAGGAUAGUUAUUUAUGCAUUAGGAAUCUGAGCUUAGCAUUUCUGGCCAGGUGAAAUGAAAAGUGUGGUGUGAAUCCUUUCUAUUUUCAAAACCAAAAUAACUUUGUACAUAGUC